AUGAGGAAUCGUUGCAAUACCAAUAGAGAAAUUGUUCAGAAGAAAAUCCUUUCUAUUUUCUACAUCAGUUUAUUUCAUUCGAUAUUCUCUUCCAUCGAAGUAGGGAGGACUUUCGGAGCGCCCAUUAUCUAUCUAUCUAUCUAUCUAUCUAUCUAUCUAUCUAUCUAUCUAUCUAUAAAAGAAAAAAUUGUUACAAUUCAAAGAAGUAGCGGUUUUGAUUAUCUAUCUAUCUAUCUAUCUAUCUAUCUAUCUAUCUAUCUAUCUAUCUAUAAACAAUUAUCUAUGUCUCUUCCAAAUAUGGUGUCUGCUUCGACUUCUCCAUGUUCCUUUCAUUAUAUUUUCUUCACUUUUACCUAUCGACAUUGGUCUUACGUUCCUACAUCCAUUAUGCAAGACGCUCUCUGUUAUAAUUGUCAUUACUUCAGUUUUUUUUUUUUUUCGUCUUUUCCUCAGUUUCGGUUAUUUUCUUUAUUUCUCAUUUGCAGUUAUCAAAAUUUUUCGCUUACUCGCUUCCUGACUAUUCAUCAAUGUUCUCGUCCGCCUUCUUCGCCUUUCUUUAAAGAUAGCUUUCUUCUUUUUAAUACUGUCAAGUCACCAUCAUUUUCUCUCUCAGACACUUAUUUUUCUGUAUAUUUCAAAGCUAGCCUCAUCAAUCUUCCUUUCUUUCAUAUGUUCUGUGCAAGAGUUAACGUUUUUGCAUUUUCUCAUUUGCCUAUUACGGCUAAAACGUUCUUUUUUCUCUUUCUUCUAAUAAAAUUUUUAACAACACUUCCUCUCCAAAACACCCCUCGUUUUCAUAGCCUUUCUUUAACUCUUUUGCAUUCCUAUCUGUUCGGCCUUUUAUUCAUAUAUUUAUACUCUUUUGAUAUUUUGUGGGCAGAUGGAGCUCGGAGAUCUACCGUUAGUGCCUUCUCUGACUUCCAGCUAUGA